CCCUGUUGAGGAGGACAGAGAUACAAAGAUAAUCUCAAAGGAUGAGAAAGGUCGCACUGCUAGCGGUUCUGGUAGAAACUUUUGGGUGAGUGGACUGGCUUCCACUACCAGAGCUACAGAUUUGAAGAAUCUGUUUAGCAAAUAUGGGAAGGUGGUAGGUGCAAAAGUGGUCACCAAUGCUCGCAGUCCUGGUGCUCGCUGUUACGGCUUUGUUACGAUGUCUACAGCCGAGGAAGCAACAAAGUGUAUUACUCAUCUCCACAAAACAGAGUUACAUGGGAAAAUAAUUUCUGUAGAAAAAGCAAAAAAUGAACCUUCUGGGAAGAAGCCAAGUGAGAAAAAAGAGAAUGAAGCAAAGAAAGAAACAGUCAGUGAGAGACCUGGCAGUGUUAAAAGGGAUGAGAAAUCUGACCAAAAAGAUGAUCCUAAAAAGACAGAAGACAAAGAUGAAAAGGAAAAAAAAGAUAAAGAUGAACUGAAGUCUGGUUCAUCAGAUCAACUUAAAACUAUUAAGUCAGGAAGUAAAGGAACAGAGAGAACAGUAGUAAUGGAUAAAUCCAAAGGAGAACCUGUUAUUAGUGUGAAAACAUCAACUGCAUCAAAAGACAGAAGCAUUAAGAGCCAGGAUCGCAAAUCAGGGAGCAGAGAGAGACAAGGCAUUGUGCCAUUUGACAAAAUUAAAGCACAACGAAAAAUGAGGGAGGCAGAGCAGCGCCGCACACGUGAGCGUCGGGAGAGACAGCAGCACCUGCAGACUAUCCGGGAACGAGAAGAAAGGGAGAGGCUUGAGAUUGCUCGUGAGAGACUGGAAAUUGAGAGGCAGCGUCUUGAACGAGAACGGAUGGAAAGAGAAAGGCUGGAAAGAGAACGAAUGCACAUAGAGCAUGAAAGGAGAAGAGAACAAGAUCGCAUUCAGCGAGAAAGAGAAGAGCUGCGACGCCAGCAUGAGCAACUGCGCUAUGAACAAGAACGUCGGUCUGCAAUGAGAAGACCAUAUGACAUAGAUGGCAGAAGAGAUGAUCCAUACUGGCCAGAGGCAAAACGAAUGGCAAUGAAUGAUAGGUACCAUUCAGAUUUCAGUCGCCAGGAUCGCUUCCAUGACUUUGAUCACAGGGAUCGUGGCCGUUAUCAAGACCAUUCAAUAGACAGGAGAGACGGAUCAAGGACAAUGAUGGGAGAUCGGGAUGGACAACAUUAUCCAGACGAACGCCACGGAGGACCAGACCGUCAUUCACGAGACUCUCGGGAAAGUUGGGGUAGCUAUGGAUCUGACAGAAGAAUGAGUGAAAGUAGAGGGAUACCCCCACAGUCACGGGAUGGACGUGACUGGGGAGAUCAUGGUCGAAAGUUUGAAGGACAUCAAGAUCGUUCAUGGCAGAGCAGUGUGGAUGGAGGAAUGAUAGGACGGGAUCAUGAGAGAUGGCAAGGUGGAGGUAGAGGCAGACCUGGCCAUGUGAUGCAUCGUGGAGGCAUGUCAGGGCGUGGAGGUUUCAUGCAAGGUGGCAACCAAAGUCAGAUGAUGCAUGGAGGAGGAAUGCAAGGAGAAGGAUUUGCUGGCCAGGAGAGAGCAAACAGACCUAAUGAUCCUCGUUUCAACCGUCGCUACUGAAUGUGUUUUAAUUUUUAAUGCAAGGUGGCAACUGAAAUGAAUCUGUUACCCAGGGUUACCAUUAAUUGUAACUUACGGGCUACUGUAAGUGUAAUUUUUGUUUUUUUUAAGCUGCUGCCAUAUUAUGUCACUUAAUCCAAUGUGAACUCAUUUGUUUUGUAAUGUGUUGUUCAUAUCCCAUUUAAAAUGUUUGUUAAUGAAGCAUUCCAUUUUCCAUAAAUAAAAGCCAGUUUACAGUUAA